GUGAUGUCUGUAUGAACAGUGGUGACAUGAACGGAAGGCUUGUAACUUUUAUAGAAAUUGGAUUUUUUAAUUAGAUUCGUAAAUAAAUAAUUUAUUAUUUUAUGUAUUUUUCUAAAAAUAUUGUUAGCCAUUGUUAUUUUUUUUGAUUGAUUAAAAAAACAAGAAAAAAAAACAAGAAGCAAACAAACAAAAGUCACAUGUAUCGUUUGCCGUGAACGUUGCUUUGUUUAUUUGUAUACUUUGCAACCUCACCCACACGACUCGUCGGCACAGGACUUUCAAGCAACGUUUCACAUUUAUUAGUUUAAUAGCGGCGAGUCGGCUUUUCAGUGAAAUUAAUACAACAAUCGGCGUGUCGAGAUGUCCGGCCAGGUCUCACCAUCCGUAUCGUUGAGCACUUACAGAGACCAGCAUUUUAAGGGCAGCAGAUCAGAGCAAGAGAAGCUUUUACUUCUCUCUUCGACCAUAUACGUCGGCAACCUUUCUUUCUAUACGACCGAGGAGCAGAUCUACGAACUAUUCUCGAAAUGCGGUGACAUCAAGAGGAUCAUCAUGGGGUUGGACAAGUAUAAAAAGACACCCUGUGGAUUCUGCUUCGUAGAAUAUUACCAAAGGGCUGAUGCCGAAAACUGUAUGAGGUACAUAAAUGGUACGAGGCUGGAUGACAGGAUUGUAAGGACAGAUUGGGAUGCUGGUUUUGUAGAGGGCAGACAGUACGGCAGGGGGAAAAGCGGUGGGCAGGUCAGGGACGAGUAUCGUAAAGAUUAUGACGGAGGCAGAGGCGGUUAUGGAAAGAACCUGCAACAAGAGACCUCGAUAUCAGCUGCAGCUAUUUUUGGCGGCCAGUAGAAAUUAAAUUUCGAGUUUUUUAUAUCGUUCUUUUUUUUAAAUGUAAUUAAGACUGUAUAUUGCAUUGUAUAUUUUAAUAUAUAUUUUUUUUAUAUCACAA